AUGAGUUUCGACGCGCCGUUUUUGCGGCAAUCUCUGUUGGACGCGGCGGUGGAGGGGGAUUUGGAUGCCGUGGUGCAUACUCUGGACGAAGGGGGGGCGUCCAUCGCCAAUUUGAUCGACAGUGUCGACGCUGCGACGGGGUUGACGGCGUUGCACCACAGUUGCAUGCGCGGGUUUGUCGAGAUCGUGUGCUAUUUGGUUCGCCAUGGUGCCGCCGUGGGCAUUUGUGAUCAUUUUCGCAAGACCCCCCUCCAUCAUGCAUGCCACUUUGGCUUUACCGAGGUCGUGUACGUGCUGUUAGACUGUGUCCGAGUAAAUGUCGAAAAGCUCUACUACAUGAAUGAGGCUAAGUUGACGUGUUUGCAAACCGCGGCAGCACGAGGACAUGUCACCAUAGUUCGGCUCUUGUUGUUGCAUGGAGAUGUUGUCGGUGGCGUGAAUACCGAGGGCGAAACUGCACUUCACCUUGCAGCUCAAUACGACCAAGUUGAAGCUGCCAAGUUGCUCGUGUCGUGUGGAGCCAACAUCCAGCACGCAACGUUCGCUACCGGAGACACUCCCCUGCACUAUGCCUGUCGCACAGGUGCCAUCCAAGUGGCCGUGUUCCUGGUUAGCCUGGGCCAGUCGGUUCACGACCUCAAUACGGAUGUUGUGGCCCAAAGCGCUCUGCAGUUGGCCAGACAGCAAGGACAUUCCGUGCUUGCAAAUGCGAUUUUGGAGGAAUCCAAGAACGUCCGUGAAACAAGAAGUCGCCGCGACACGGCAAUCCACAACGAGUCCUUGGCGUGCUUCAUGUCGGCCAAAAAAGCGUACUUGGACUCGAAAGCCAGCGUCAAGGCCAUGCAAGUACAAGUCGUGCGCCAGCGAAAACUCGAAGAGAUGGAGGCAAUCCGAGCGUAUUUGAAAGCCAUUCGAAAUGGUGAGGCCGACGAACAUGCCAGCACCGCGUUGGCCGCGUUUCCACGAUUGCAAUAGACGCAUUCAUACCGAGGGUUAAUCGAUAAUCGUUU